GCAAAUUAGUUAUCGAUAUAUCGCGUGGCGAGUCGUGCUCGAUGUGACCGGCUGAUUUGUUAUUAUUUAUAUUAUUUGAUCUUAAGCUAAGUGAAAAGUGGUUAGACGUUGAUUGCCGUCGAUUGCUGUCGAUAAUGUCUGCCGACUAUGCGCACCUGUGCUCCUCCAUACUGGAGCAAUGCUUUGGCCAAGUGGUGCAGGCGGUUGCCGAUUGCCUGUUCUCAGCCACCACGCGCACAUUGUCGCAAAUUGUGAGCACCACGCAAUUAGCACGCAAGGAAGUGGCACUCGCUCUGGCGGUGCUCAUCAAAUUCCGGCUGGUCAGAUUUGAGCCAUCGAAGAGUAAUCAGUUUCUGCCCGAGUAUUCACUCAAGCGGGAAGAUGUCAUUUGCCUGCUUCGAUAUUCCCGCUAUAUACAUCUUGUGCAGACCAAGUAUGGCAAUGUUGGUGCGUCCAUUGCGGAAGAGUUGCUCAAUUCGGGUUCGGAGACGGCAACCAGUUGCUUGCUCAAGUGUCUUUCUGAUGGUGACAAUAAGGCGGAGAGUGCGGAAACUUAUCGGACAACAUUUAUACAGAUGAUCGCCGAUCAUUAUAUCAUUAAAACACCUGAGCUGGUAACGGGCGACGAACAGGAUGACUGUGUGCCUAAGUUCUUGAGCAACGAGUGCGAUUUCUUUGUGCCGCCAAACAUUGAUCUGCAGCUGUUGGCGCAGAUACGCAAAGGCGACGCCACAAUUGCAAGUGCCACAGAUGGGGGCAUCGUUUGGAGCCUCAACUUUGAUCGCUUCCAUCAGGAAUUUCGGGACGAUAUCAUGAAACUUGCCAUCGAGCGCAAGUUGGGUGAAACUGCCGCCGAGUGCUUUAGUUUUAUUCUAAGCCUCAUCUACAAAACCACAGAUCCGUGGCAGCGAAAGGCCUCAAAUCACAUAACAUUUGUGGAGAUCAAGCAGGCAAUUGAGCGAAAGUCGAAUAAUCUGGACUUGAUGAAGUACUUGGAUCAGUACAUAAGCUUGAUAACGGAUGAUUCGCUUGGUUUUCUGCGCAGAGUUGGCGACAUGGGAGGUGGCCAAUAUGUGAUAGACAUGGAGCAUGCAUUCGAAUCGCUGGCUUUCGCCUGCGUGGAGUCGGUGAUAACCGAACGAUUUGGCUCGAAGGCGACCCGCAUAUUCCGGGUGAUUAGAUUUAAGAAGUAUAUCGAGCAGGAGGAUCUGCAAAAGGAGGCCAUGAUACCCGCCAAAGAGGCCAAGUCUCUUGCCUACAAUCUGUUCCAAGAGCAAUUCAUUCACGUGAAGGUUAUCAAGAAACCCGGCGGAGGAGGCAGUGGACCAGCAAAGGCUUUCUAUCUCUUCCAAAUCAAAGAAAAAGAUACGGUGAGAAUGUUGCUAGAUAAUUGCUACAAGUCGCUUUACAACACAAUCCGUCGAUCAAAUUUUGAGAAAAAUGAGCACAAGGGAUUAAUUGAAAAGUCCCAAAGAUUGGACAGCAUAGUUGAGACUAUGAAGGAACGCGGUGACUCCGAUGACUACAUUGCUGAGAUUGUGGAAACAUUUACGCCGCCCGAGUGUGAAAUUCUGAAUAAGGUUAAGAAUCGUAUCAGGACCUUGUCGAAGGCUGAAUUGACAUUGGACGACACGAUAUUUCUUUUGCAAAUGUAUCAGCACCAUUGCACAACGCUGCCAACUGGCAUUAAAAAAUUUAAAUAACAAUGCUGAUGAAAAUCGAAA